CCUACUUUUCAUUGAUCCCACUGUUAGGCGCUAACGGUAGUGCCUGCAUAUAGCUUUGAACUAACUACUGCACUAAAAAGUAAACACUUUAACUAAGGUUUUACGCUCCGGAAUUUGAGCUAAAGAUUAGAGCAGCAAAACUCCAUUUUUACUCCACAAUUGAUAGUAAAAAUCGUGGGCGGAGCUUCGUUUCCGCUGAAUCAGCAAUAAUUGCUGGUCCCAGUCCUUAAAUGUACCUGAGUAUCUGUCGAAGUCUAGUUAUUACCGACAUAUGUCUAGUUUUUACAAUAAAGUUACCAAGCAAUGGCUUACUAAGACUGUUUGUGAUGGCAGGCCUGGUCUAGAAGUGCAGCAAGACUGUAACACUGAUGAUGAGACUCUUGAACAGACAGAAGAUACUGAUAUUGAUGCAGAGUCCAACUGUACCCGUUCAACAGCCAACUUGGGUGACGAGGAUAGGGUAUUCUUUGAUGCCACAGAUUCUUCAGAUUGUGAUGAUGACAAUGAACUACAUGAUAUAAGGCUGGAGGAAGUGUGGACUUCAGAUGAUGAUUCAGAAACAGAUGUACAUGUUCCACAGGGAUGUCAAAUGGUAUCACAACCUGUGUACUACUUUCUUCUGCUCCUGUUAUUUUGGAAAGCAGCAUUUAGAGUGUCAGCUUCUUCAACGGUGUUUAUCGUAAAAUGCAUUAAGUACUUUGUCAAGCUCUUGGGUAGCACUUAUAAUUGUGCAAAAAUUGUUGAAGCUUCGGAACAAAUUCCUGUUACCUUAAUGUCAGUUGAAAAAAUCAUUGGACUCGAGAAGAAAUGUUUCAUUGAAUAUGUAGUUUGCCCUCAGUGCAGUGUGAUAUAUGAAUUUAGUGAUUGCGUUCGUACAUUAGCAAAUGGUAAAACAGAAUCUAAAACAUGUCGCCAUGUUGCCACUCCAAAUCAUCCCCAUGUAAGAAAGAGAAAAGCCUGUGGUGCGCUACUACUGAAACAGCAGAGAAGGCAUAAAAAGUGUAUUCUAGCACCAAUCAAAGUUUACCCAUAUAGAUCUCUCAAGAAAAGCUUAUGCCACAUUCUCAGUAAGCCAGAUUACAUCGAAAAAUGCGAACAAUGGAGGAGUCGAAUGGCUGUCUUGGCCAAUGAUAUUCUUGCUGAUAUCUAUGAUGGACAAGUGUGGAAACAAUUUACUGAAGUUGAACUUAAUCGAUUUUUGGAUACUCCACACUCAUAUUUGCUCACAAUGAAUGUCGACUGGUUUCAGCCCUACAAACGAUCUAUCUACUCAACAGGUGCAAUAUAUCUAACACUUCAAAAUCUACCACGAGAAGACACGAGAAUGUGAUCCUGGUUGGAGUUAUACUGGUCCAAAAGAACCGAAGCUUAAUAUGAACUCAUAUCUUACACCACUAGUCGAAGAACUACAUGAACUAUGGAAUGGCUUACUGUUGCCCGUAACUAUUGACGGUUCGAAGUUGCAAAUAUUCGAGUCAGAGCAGCACUUUCUUGUGUGUCAUGUGUGACAUUCCAGCAAGCAGAAAAGUAUGUGGCUUCCUUGGUCAUAAUGCUAAACUAGGUUGCAAUAAAUGUUUGAAACAAUUUAACACGGUAGGAGACAACACAGGAUUUCUCUGGUUACGAUCGCAGAAAUUGGACUCCGAGAACAAAUGAAGAACACAGAGUUAAAUGCUCUCUAGUACUCAAGGAAGUAACUCCAACUGCUGUGCAAAGGCUCGAGUCAGCCUCAGGCGUUCGUUAUUCAAUUCUAUUAACACUACCCUACUUUGAUCCUGUUAGAUAUACAGUUAUAGACCCAAUGCAUAAUCUGUUCCUAGGAACAGGAAAGCAUUCCUUUAAGGUUUGGCUUGACCAGGGCUUGUUUAGUAAGCAGCAUCUAGCAGAGAUUGAGAGUAAGAUCAAAGCCUUCUACAUUCCAACAGGAUUCCGUAUAAUGUCUCUUCAGGAAAUGUCUCUUCAGGAUAUGGUGGAUUCACAGCAAACCAGUGGAGUAACUGGAUAACCAUUUACUCUCCAAUUUUGCUCAAAGGAGUUCUGCCUGAUUCAAAUCUGCGAUCUUGGUUACUGUACGUGAGAGCAUGCUCGAUACUGAGGAAGCGAAUCCUGAAAACACAUGAUGUUGUAUCAGCAGACCAUUAUUUGCUGGAGUUUUGUCAAUCAUUCCAGAAAUUAUAUGGCUCAGAAGCAUGCACGCCAAACAUGCAUUUGCACCUUCACCUCAAACAGUGUAUACUAGAUUUUGGACCUCCCCAAGCCUUUUGGUGUUACGCAUUUGAAAGGUAUAAUGGUAUAUUAGGUUCAGUGCACACGAAUCGCCGAUCUAUCGAAAGUCAACUAAUGCAAACAUUUUGCCAAGAACAAGACUUGAAUCAUCUACCUUUACCGAGUGAUCCAGAAUUUUUAAAUUUAAUGUUACUUGUCAGCAAAGAACGAAAUUCAACUUCUGUGUACUACGAUGGUGGUUGUAUAAAUGAAGCAGAUGUUUCUUCUUGCCUAAGCAUGGCAACCUCUCCGCUUUCCGGCAUACAGAGCUUCUGUAUUAACGAUCAGCAGUCACUAAUCAAGCUGCUACCACCAUUUCAAGAGAAAAUUCUAAUAUCGACUCAUUCCAAACAACUACGACAAAUAUAUGAACAGCUUUAUCCAGGUUCUAACAUUGUUCAUUUUCCCUUGUUUUACAAGGAAUUUGGACGUAUUGAGAUUGCUGGUGAUAUUGUUGGUUCUGCUAAGAAAGGUCAAAAUAGCCAUUCAUCAUCCGUUGUAAUGUGUUACUGGCCUGGUACUGGUGACAAUCUUGAAGUAAUUGACUACGGGCGGAUGAGGGUUGGUGUUGUUCAACAGUUUGUUCAACAGUAUCUUAAACAUACAAUCAAGCUUCAGACCUCAUGUGGUACUGUUAAACAGCUUAGCCAUAUUUUGUGCUAUGUUCAUUGGAAAAAGCUUCACCCUCAUGCUGCUUGGUAUGGGAUAUCUGCUACUGUAAGUACAGAUAUUACUGAACCACCAGAUGCUUGUUGUUUCAUGCCUGUACAGCGAAUUGCUUGUAGGUGUGCUCACGCAAAAUUGCUAGUUGAUUUUCGUACGCAUAAAGAAACUGUGUUUCUAGCGAUUCCAAUUCCUUUAAAAUACAGCAUUUGACUUUAUAAUUUUUAUAGUUAACUUGUG